CCUGAAUGGUUGGUUCGAUGACUACACUUGACGGAAAGGGUUAGAGGCGAUCGAAUCCGUGUAGAAGCAUAUAUCAGCUUGUACAGCUUGAUACAAUAUGUCAAAGGCAUAUUCUGUUCCACAUCCACACGAAAAGUCGUUUGUAUCACAACACACAUAACAAGCUGUCAACUACACGAACAACAUAAUGGGAAAACUUACAGGAUACGAUAUCAAUGGCUCGACGAAAGUUCCAAGAACCCACGGAGGAGUGAGUGACAGUGAAAACAGUGUCCUCGACCAACCACUUCUACAACAUUCGUCUCGCGGCAUGUACCCCAUGGCUAGCAAAUCAAUCCCGCCUACCGCCUUCAAGCCCGGUUUCUGCGACUCGCAAACCCCAAUUGCCGCCGAGCUCACACAAUCGUUCCUUGAUUUUGCCUCGAAACGCGGCGGCAUCAACCUUAAGCAGAUGGGCGUGAGGCCGGGUCAGCGGUGGUGUGUGGAGGCUAAACGAUGGCAGGAGACAUUACAGCAUGAGCAGGAGGCGGGAGUCGUGGUGCCGCCGGUCAAGCUCGAGUGCACGCAUGAGAGUGCGCUCAAGAUUGUCGAGCUGGAUAUAUUGAAGAAGUAUGCUGCGCCUUCGGAUCUAUGAAUCUUGGAAACGUUUGUUUCAGGCAUUGCUAUAACUUCCAGCGCUUUCAGUUCAAAAGUCUUUUGGGGACACUGAACGAAAAGAAAAACCAAGAAGGCAGAUACAUGAGGGCAGGUUCUCAUGCAGGCAGGCAUAUUCAUCAUCUAUUAAACUUAAAUGACGACUUUUCAUUUUGAAUCCAAAUGUCGUCAACUGUUUCUCUCC